ACAUUGCAUACUCGAGUUGACAAGAGCAAUCCGAAUCUGAACUCAUUGACCAUGGAAGCUGAGACUCAUGCUAGCACCGACCUGGAGAGGAACGACGGCCGGUUCUUGAUGAACCAGUCUGUUAAGGACUUCUCCUGGAGCGGGCUUACAGUAACGGUAAAGGAUCGCGAAACGAGACAGGCAAGGGAUCUUAUCUGCGAUAUCACUGGUAAUGUGAAACAAGGGGAACUCGUGGCCCUGAUGGGGCCUUCGGGAUGUGGAAAAACAACCCUUCUUAAUGUGCUGGCGCGUCGGUCGCCAGGUGCUGCCAAAGUGCUCGGUGACAGCUACGUGAACGGCACCAAAGUUGAUGCUGCUUCUUUUGGGCGCAUGACAUCGUACGUUGAGCAGGAGGAUGCACUUAUUGGGUCGUUGAGCGUUUGGGAGACAUUGAGAUUCGCGGCGGAUCUCUCAUUGCCUAGUUCGGUGUCAAAACGCGAGCGCAUGGAUCGGAUCCGAACUCUCUUGGAGGCGUUUGGAAUUCAGAAGCAGGCUAAUACCAUUGUCGGGACACCGAUCCGGAAGGGUAUUAGUGGUGGUCAGAAGAGACGGGUCAGUGUGGCUAGCCAGCUGAUCACUUGCCCAAAGAUACUGUUUUUGGACGAGCCGACUAGUGGUCUGGACUCCACGGCCAGCUUCGAGGUCAUCUCGUAUGCUAGGGAAUUGGCAAAGUUAAACAAUAUCAUGAUAAUUGCUAGUAUCCACCAACCCUCAACGACCACGUUCCAGCUCUUCGACAAGCUUCUUCUCUUGUCAAAUGGACGAAUAUGCUACUUCGGCCCUGUCCAGAAUAUCGAGACCUACUUCCGCGGGAUCGACCAUCCCAUUCCCGGGAAUACCAAUCCCGCAGAGUUCCUUCUUGAUAUCGUUAGCUCGGACUUCAGUAGUGGCAAAGAGUCAUCCCAGAAACGUGUCAAGGAGAUCCAGCAUGCGUGGGCAGCAUCCACGGAGGCAAAAGCUAUUACAAGACAAGUCUCCGAGAGAGCUCAAGUCGCCGAGAAGGAUACCAAUCAAGUUAUGAUCAAAGAUAUGGCUCGACCUGGUCCUGUCAGGAUUACAACCGCCCUACUCCAUCGAUCGUUUAUCAAAAGCUAUCGCGAUGUUGUUGCUUAUGGUAUUCGUAUUGUGAUGUAUCUUGGUCUCGCUAUCAUGAUGGGCACAGUAUGGCUGCGGCUACACACUUCGCAGGAGUAUAUCCAACCUUUCGUCAACGCAAUUUUCUUUGGCGGGUCAUUUAUGUCCUUUAUGGCAGUCGCCUACGUCCCGGCUUUCCUCGAGGACCGCGCCACCUUUGCCAAAGAACGGGCUAACGGCCUCUACGGUGCAACACCCUUUAUGGUCUCGAAUUUCCUCAUCGGCCUGCCGUUCCUCUUCCUGAUCUCAACUUUAUUCUCGAUUGUCUCAUACUGGCUCUCGAACUUCCGCCCCGCCGGCGACGCCUUUUUCACCUCGGUUAUGUGGAUUUUCCUAGACCUAGUGGCAGCCGAGUCCCUAGUCGUCCUUGUGACAGCGAUCUUCCCAAACUUCGUGAUUGCUCUUGCGCUCGUGGCAUUUGCUAAUGGGCUAUGGAUGAGUGUGGGUGGAUUCCUAGUAACCCCGACCAUUUUGAAUCCGUUUUGGAAAUACGUUUUUCACUAUAUCGAUUACCAGGCCUAUGUUUUCCAGGGACUGAUGGUGAACGAGUUCUCAGAGCGAAUUUUCUCAUGCGGUGAUGCGUGUCAGUGCACGUAUACCACGGACUUGGCUGAUCAGUGCCAGAUCCGCGGAACGGCCGUGUUGGAGACUUAUGGCUACAAGACUGGUAGGACUGGAAAAUGGGUCGGCAUUCUCAUUGGUAUCAUUGCGGUAUACAGACUGCUCGGAUGGAUUGCGCUUCAACUGCGCAAGCAUUAA